AUGAUCUACUACAACUACAAGGGUUUCCUCUUGGCCCUAGUUGAUGGCAAUUACAAGUUCCUCUGGGCUGACGUUGGUAAUCCCGGUUCAUCAUGGGAUGCCCAGGUAUUCAACCACAGCCAGCUGAGACGUGGACUAGAGAAUGGUACUCUUGGCCUGCCAGAUCCAGAGCCCCUGCCAGAUGAUGACCGAGGCACCCCUUACUUCUUAAUUGGGGACGACGCCUUCCCUCUCAGGACAUGGAUGCAGAAGCCGUACUCCAACCGUGAGCAGACCGACGAGGAGAGAAUCUUCAACUACCGUCUCUCGAGGGCUCGCCGUGUGGUGGAGAACAGCUUUGGCAUCCUUGCCCAUCGCUGGAGAUGCUUGUUGAGUACCCUACAGCUUGAUCCAGAAAAAGCCAGGACAGUCAUUAUGGCCUGCAUGUGCCUCCACAACCUAAUGAGAGAUCGUUUUCCUGGGCUUCAGAACAUUGACGUUGACCAUGAAGAUUAG